ACAAAUUUGGCUGCUUUUUUAGGAAAUGGAAUUCAUGUAACCAGGUCAACGGCAGGAACUAUCGUUAAGCAUAGCGGGAUAUUUCCUGGCAAUCAAUGAUUGUGUGGCUAACCCAGCAGUGAGACCAAGCCAGAGAGAACGAACGAAGCCCCGCUGUGGUCAUCGACUGCUAUUUUACACAAGCCACUUUCGAAAGCGUCGAGAGAAAAAGUGCUAUGUCUCUCGGGGGCGGCAUUCGAAGCUCGCAAAAAAAUAGAAGAGAAGAUGGGGUUGGGUGCGCGGUGGAGCGACGCGUCGUUCCGCUGAUGACGAAGAGACUGGCUUGUGAAACGGGUAUAGAACGCAGUGAACAAACUUCAACAUCAGGAAAUUUUGAACACAACAAGUUGUCUCACCUUGCAUCCGGGCUAUGCAGCCGUCGUUUUCAUAGGACACUCGACGACAUAGAAGGGAAGCAAGAGUAAUCAUCAGCACACAAUCAUUGAGGAACAAGGACGCCCCUUCGGACGGAAAUGAAGGAACGAGAGGGACCCGAUGUUGAACCACUGAAUCAGUUGAGCACGCCGGCUGUGGUGGGAAUCUGUCUGGGAGGCGUCGUUCUCCUGAUUUCAGUUGCAGCCGUCAGUUGCUUUUGUUAUCGAGGCCAUCAGCAACAAACGAGGAAGAAAAUGCGAUCACCUGGCAGUCAUCUCGGAUCAGAGAGCAGGCCGUUGGCUUUUCGUAAGCCGGUGGCCGUCAAAAGCCCCAACAGUCAACAACAAUUGACACAUUCCAUCAGCUCUUCGGCGGCCAUCAGCCAUCACAUGAAGAAAUCGCCCAGUCCAACAGGAGCUAAAACUCCUCCGGGCUCUUGCCCUAUCGGCAAAUCUCCAAGUCCACUUUCAGGAAUGACGCCUUCCACCUUGACCCCAACCUACGAAGUGAAUAGCCCGCAGGUGAGCCGGAAGAAUUCGCUGGUGUCGGGCACGACUUGUCGCUCUGGCAACAACGCCGAGGAUAGUGUUCAACAACAUCGCGAGACUGUCAUCCGCUUUCAAGUGGAGAAUGAGGUCACGGAUCCAGCUAAAACUGAAUUAAUCAAGAGCGACUUGGUACCUUCCGCCUCCGCCCACCAGGACAAUGUCCCCGGAGAAAUUGAUGUGACUACGGAUAGAUCCAACAGCGAAGGAGGAACCAACAAAUUGGGCCAACUCUAUUUCAAAGUCAGGCACAACGUGGAGAAGAGCACGCUGAACAUCACCGUCGUUAGAUGCCAAGGUCUGCCCGCUCGCGAUUCCAAUGUUGGCUCAUCCGAUCCUUACGUCAAGCUUCAGUUGCUGCCCGACAAACAUCACAAGGUCAAGACUCGCGUCCUUCGCCGCACACUCAAUCCCGUCUACGACGAAGAUUUCACCUUCUACGGCAUUGGCAAGAACCAACUGCAGAGCUUGACGCUCCAUUUUGUCGUCUUGAGCUUCGAUCGAUACUCUCGUGACGACGUCAUCGGCGAAGUGUUUCUGCCUGUUUACGAAGCUCUGGAGGAAAUGACGGACACGGUCGAUUGCAAUAACGCUGACAACGGAAACCACUCUGGGGCUCUCCUAUCCCGCGAUAUCGCACCCCGCAGUCACAAGAUGAGGACACAUGGACGAGGCGAGCUUUUGGUAUCGCUAUGUUAUCAGCCCCAAGCUUCGCGACUGACGGCCGUCGUGUUGAAAGCACGCAAUAUUCCCCGCAUGGACAUGACUGGCCUAGCUGAUCCAUAUGUCAAGAUUUAUCUUGUGCAUAAUGGGCAACGCGUGGCCAAGAAGAAAACGCAUGUCAAAAAACGCACUUUGAAUCCGGUUUUCAAUGAAUCGUUUGUCUUUGAUUUGCCCGCUGGUGCUACUUCGCUGGACAGUAUCAGUCUCGAAUUUCUCGUCCUCGACUGGGAUCGUGUCACCAAGAACGAAAAUUUUGAACAGGAAAUUGGCCGUUUGGAGCUGGGCGGAACCAAGAGCAGCGGAACAGCACUGCAUCACUGGAACGAAGUCCUCAGCUCGCCUCGUCGUCAAAUCGCCGAAUGGCACAAACUGAAGGACUGAAUCCAUCCAGCCCUUCUGCCGAUAUCAUGGUAAUUUUCCAACUAAUAUUCCAUGGACUCCAGUCAAUUUCCUCGCCAUUGGAAUAUACAACUCUUCUCUGAUCUUUCUAAAAAAAAAAAACUAUACAUAACACCUAAGUUUAACACCAUUCCAAUCUAUGUUGCUAUUGUUACAUAAAUUCUAAUGCAGCCCGUUGUAGACCGGAAUGCUUUUACGUGAAACAAUUCGAAAAAAAUGUUUUCUUCUCCUUGCUGUCCACUUGCCUACAAUCACAAUUUGAUUCGCUAAAAGAAAAGGCUAUACACUUUCCAUCCACUACUAUAUCAAUUAAUAUAGGCGAAGUUUUUUUGCGUCACGAAAGGUGACCGUGUAUUUAUAGAAGCAAAAAAUUUUGCGGUAUUAUUUUUUGUUUUUUUCUGCUACUAUAUACGUGACAACGUGAAAACAAACUCAUUGGCUCCAUAAUUUCCUUUUUAUCUGUUUCCCAAAUAUUGUUGACUAAAUUUUGCAUACGAUGUGACGAAUGAAUGUAUAAUGCGACGAAAUCAAUACACGUCAGUUUAUUGGGCAA